UUUUCCUCCACCUGAAGGUUUCCCCCUUCCACUGGAUCAGUUCUGUGGAUCUGAAUUGAGGCUGGAAGCUUGGACAAUGAAUAGAGAAGGUAACUCACAGCUGAAUGGAGGUCCAACUUGUGAAGCAUCAGAUGCUCCAUCAGACUCCAGCUCUGUGUGUGGAGGAUUUGGGAGGAAAAUGAGGAGCUACAUCCCUGGCAACUUCAAAACGGAGAUCAUAGAGAUACUGAAAUUAGCUGGACCUGUGUUUGUUUCACAGUUGAUGAUCUUCAUGAUCAGUUUCAUCAGCACCAUGUUUUGUGGACACCUGGGGAAAACCGAGUUAGCCAGUGUUGGUCUGGCUAUAACUGUUAUUAAUGUCACAGGCCUGUGUGUUGGGAUAGGUUUGGCAUCGGCAUGUGACACACUUAUCUCUCAGACGUUUGGGAGCAAUAACCUGAAGCGUGUUGGAGUGAUCCUGCAGAGGGGCAUCCUCAUCCUUCUGCUGGCCUGCUUCCCCUGCUGGGCCAUCCUGAUCAACACCGAGUCCAUCCUGCUGGCUGUUCGACAAAGCCCCAGAGUAGCCAGUCUCUCACAGCUGUAUGUAAAGAUAUACAUGCCUGCUCUGCCUGCUGCUUUUAUGUACCAGUUGCAAUCAAAAUAUUUGCAGAAUCAGGGUAUAAUAUGGCCUCAGGUGAUCACAGGGGCUGCUGGGAACAUCCUGAACGCUUUAAUAAACUACAUCUUUCUUCAUUUGCUUCAUCUGGGCGUAGCUGGUUCUGCGAUAGCAAACUCCAUUUCUCAGUAUUCCUUGGCCGUGUUUCUUUAUGUCUACAUUUGUUGGAAAGGUCUGCACAAGGCCACGUGGGAUGGUUGGUCUUGUGACUGCCUGCAGGAGUGGGGUCCUUUCUUUCGCUUGGCCUUACCUAGCAUGCUAAUGCACUGUGUGGAGUGGUGGACUUAUGAGAUUGGAGGAUUCCUGGCAGGUCUGAUCAGCGAAGCUGAGUUAGGGGCCCAGUCUGUUUUGCAUGAGCUGGCCAUUGUUGUGUACAUGGUUCCUUUCGGCUUUGGCGUGGCAGCCACCGUGAGAGUUGGAAAUGCUCUCGGAGCAGGAAACACACAACAAGCAAAACUUUCCUCCAGAGUCUCUCUGUUCUGUGGAAUCUCAGUCUCUCUUCUGCUUGCUGCUGUACUAACUGGAAGCAAGGACGUCAUUGCUUACAUCUUUACCACUGAACUAGAAAUUGUCCAAAAAGUUUCACAAAUCAUGGCUUUUUAUGGCAUUUUCCAUCUGCUUGAUGCCACUACAGCUAUUACGGGCGGGAUUGUCCGAGGUGCAGGAAAGCAGCUGCUUGGUGCUGGGUGUAUUCUAGCGGGCUACUAUUUUGUGGGUCUCCCGAUUGGAGUGUCGCUCAUGUUUGCACUCAACAUGGGAAUAGUUGGUCUGUGGUGUGGGUUCUUUGUAUGUGUCUUCUUGCAGUCUCUUUUCUUCCUCAUUCUGAUCUUCAAACUUGACUGGAAACAUACAACUGAAGAGGCCCAGAAAAGAGCAGGCAUACGGGCAGCCGAGGCCAAAACUGAAUCCUACGUUUUAGAAAAUAAGUGUGCUGAUCAAGACACAGAUAUACAACAGGAAGCCCAACCCAGUGAAAGAAACCAGACUGAUGUAGAGGCUAAAGGAGAAAAUGAUGAAGAAAGUGCUGCGAAGGUUGGAGUAACGGUCAUUGUGGGUGACAUUCUGACCACCAAGCAGCUGGUUGUUCGCCGAGGACUGACUGUUUUCCUGAUGAUGCUAAUCCUCGCCGGUGGGAUCACAUUAAACAAGAUUCUCACGGGCCUCCUCAGAUGAGCACAAUGCAAUCAAUCCCGUGCCAAAAUGUUACCUUUCUUCGCAAAUAUUUUGAGAUCCAGGGAGGGCAGAAAUACUACCUUGUUUUCUGGCUCAAGGGUCAGACCCUCUUUAGGAAAAUGAAAAUAAAAAGCAAUACUACAAUAAGCCAAACAAAAGGCUGAUGGCAAAAAUGUGCCUUUGCCAGACAUGAUGUUAACUAUUUAAGUCCUUUUGGGUUUGUUUGUUUGUUUGUUUGUUUGUUUGUUUGUUUGUUUGUUUGUUUGUUUGUUUGUUUGAUUGAUUGUUUAAUGUAACCACCAUUAGAAUUAUAUAACUUCCAAACUGUGGAAAAAUAAUCCAAAGUGUGAUGUUAAAUUUGAAUUGAUGAUUGAGUAACUGACGCCCGAUCCUUCUCAGCAGAGGAGUGUUGCGGUAUCAUUGUAGGUGUGUAAAUAUACCAAAUUUUUCUCUGUCACAUUUUUUUAAAUAACUGCUUGUAUUCUCAAAAUUUAACUUUGACUCUGGACAGAUCAUAUAAAUCAGACUCGAGACCAGACAGUCCGAGGGACCAGAUCUUGCAUUAAGCUCCAUAAUGGGUCUGAUUUUUUUAAGUCAGGCUGGAAGGGGAUACCAUUUCCCUUGGAAUAAUGUCUUUAUAUCAGUUGUGAUGUCCAUUAUCAAUAUUUAAACUCAGUCACUGAGAUUAGCCACAUGAGAUAUGUGUGUGUGUGUGUGUGUGUGUGUGUGUGUGUGUGUGUGUGUGUGUGUGUGUGUGUUAAACCCACAAGUUAUGCAUUAGUCAGCCUUGGAGAUGCUUUGCUCAAAAUGUACUCAAGUGCAGACACAAAGUCCUUAGUAAUAUAGAGAAGUGUGGUCCAGCACUGUAGAAAAUGGCAAGUGUAGAUGUUCAAAAUGAAUGAGGCGGCUCUAUAACGUUUGAGGACGUUAUUAGUAUAGUACAUUGUUGUAUUAAUUACAUGCUCAGUAAAUAAAGUAUAUUAUUGUACCUUUAGGGGUACAGCGGCUUGUCACUGGGGCAGGAACCUCUAAGGGACUGUUUCUCAACCACUGGGCCGUGGACCGCAAUUUUAUUUAUUUAUUUUUUUUGAAGAAGAAACCUUUAUUUUGUCACAUGCACACUCAAGCACAGUGAAAUUCAUCCUCUGCAUUUAACCCAUCUGAAGCAGUGAACACAUGCACUCACACAAGUGAGCAAUGAGCACACACACAUACUACAUGCCAUGCUACAGUGCCCGGGGAGCAGUUGGGGGUUAGGUGCCUUGCUCAAGGGCACUUCAGCCCAAGGCUGCCUCAUAUUAACCUGACCACAUGUCUUUGGACUGUGGGGGAAACCGGAGGAAAUCCACACAGACAGAACAUGCAAACACAGAAAGGCCCCCAUCGGUCGCUGGGCUCGAACCCAGAACCUUCUUGCUGUGAGGUGACAGUGCUAACCACUACACCACUGUGCCACCCAUUUUUCCAAGUUGAAGUUAAUUUUUUACUCAGAGUUGGGUACAAUUGCUGGGUUGCAUCUGAUGUCACAUCCGCCACAUUAAACUACGGUCACACUACAGCUCGCGAUGCUUUGCGAUGGGUUAUCAAUGAAAAUGAGACAUUUUGAUGGCGAUAUACUGUACAUGUGAGCUAAAACUUGUGGUCACACAGGAGGUGAACACUUGACUGUCACGCCUUUGCACACUUGAGCCUGGCGCAGCUUCAGCGGCUGCGCACGCUCACGGAGCGCAUUGUGCACGUGUUUGGGACCUAGUCAUUAUUGGAAACCCCUGAUACCAAUUUGAGUGCAAUCAGCACACACAGAUGCAGACACUGUUUUUACAGAGGCUUUGUGAAGCAUUAUCAUUAUCAGUGUCAUAUUUGUUUCUAGCCAUGUUUAUAACGCUGUUUAAUUAUUCUGUUUUCUGUUUUGUUUUUGUAAAUAUCAUGCCUGCUAAUA